AGAUGCAGACACACAAAACAACAGUAGUCCCAUAACGCUCUCCUCCGGCCCACAGCCGGGGCAAAGAAUACUGAAAGUUAUCCGAACCGAGCGGGCCAUGUGUUAUUUGUGACCCAGAAACUUAGCAGCCGGCUGGGCACAGGAAGAGAUUUUGAAAUGGAGUAAGGCUUUUUCCUCACCUCAUCGACUGUGGUCCCGCUCAAGUCAGACUACAAAGGGACGUCAGGUCGGACCUCGUCAACAUGGAGACAUUCUUCUUGGAGGGCUCCCGUGUGUGGCUGAGGCAUCAGGAACAACUCCUGCCCUCCACCGUCAGCUCCGGCGAUGACACUUCGCUGGUCCUCACCACUGACUAUGGAAAGGUGAUCUACCUGCCCAAGGCGGAGCUCAGCAAGGAUACGGCGUACCCGAUGCACCACAGCAGCGUCCGCGGAGUGGAGGACAUGUCCACGCUGGCAGAGCUGCACGAAGCCGCCAUCAUGCACAACCUCUUUCUGCGCUACCAGAGAGACAACAUCUAUACCAACAUAGGUUCAAUCCUGGCAGCUGUAAAUCCCUACAAGCAGAUUGCAGGACUGUAUGACGGCGCCUCAGUGGAUUUAUACAGCAAGCACCAGAUGGGGGAGCUGCCCCCUCAUAUAUUUGCCAUCGCCAACGAGUGCUACCGCUGCCUUUGGAAGAGACACGACAGCCAGUGUGUGCUCAUUAGCGGGGAGAGCGGUGCCGGGAAGACGGAGAGCACCAAGUUGCUGCUCAAGUUCCUUUCAGUGAUGAGCCAGAACUCGGCCGGUACACCUCCAUCGGAGAGGACCACCCGGGUGGAGCAGGCGCUCAUCCAAAGCAGUCCCAUCAUGGAGGCGUUUGGGAAUGCAAAGACGGUGUACAACAACAACUCCAGUCGCUUUGGAAAAUUCAUCCAGCUCCACUUCUCCCAGAGCGGAAACAUCCAGGGAGGCUGCAUCAUCGAUUAUUUGCUGGAAAAGAACCGAGUGGUGCGUCAAAAUCCGGGAGAGCGAAACUACCACAUCUUUUACGCGCUGUUAGCAGGGGCCGACAAAGAUCACAGAGACAUGUACUUGCUGUCCGAGGGUCCUGAGUCCUACCACUACCUCAGCCAGUCAGGCUGCUUGCAGGACAGCAGCCUGGAUGACAAGCAGCUUUAUGACAGCGUCAUGGCAGCGCUGCAGGUGAUGGAGUUCAGCGAGGAGGAGAUCCGAGAUGUAUUCAAGCUGCUGUCCGCCGUCCUCCAGAUGGGAAACAUUGAAUUUAUGACAGCGGGCGGAGCUCAAAUCACGUCCAAAGGAGUGGUCAGUAACGUGAGUGAGCUGCUUGGGUUGGACUCCUUCCAGCUGUCUGAGGUGUUGACCCAGCGCUCCAUGAUCCUCCGCGGAGAGGAGAUCUGCUCUCCGCUCACUGUGGAGCAGGCCGUGGACUCCCGGGACUCGGUGGCCAUGGCGCUGUACUCGCAGUGUUUCUCUUGGAUCAUUUUGAAGAUCAACCAGAAGAUUAAGGGCAAAGACAACUUCAAGUGCAUCGGCAUCCUGGACAUCUUUGGAUUUGAGAACUUUGAGGUCAACCGCUUUGAGCAGUUCAACAUCAACUACGCCAACGAGAAGCUCCAGGAGUACUUCAACAAGCACAUCUUCUCGCUGGAGCAGCUGGAAUACAACAGGGAAGGCAUCCAGUGGGAGGCCAUUGACUGGAUGGACAACGCUGAGUGUCUGGAUCUCAUCGAGAAGAAACUGGGCAUGUUGGCUCUUAUCAACGAGGAGAGCCGUUUCCCCAAAGGCACCGACUACACCCUCCUGGAGAAACUGCACAGCCGACACGCCGCAAACCCAUAUUACGUGAAGCCCCGAGUGACCGACCAUCAGUUUGGCAUCAAGCACUACGCUGGAGAGGUCCUUUACGAUGCACGCGGCAUCCUGGAGAAGAACAGGGACACCUUCAGAGACGACAUAUUGUUCAUUCUCAAAGACAGCAGGCUCGACUUCAUCUACGACCUCUUUGAGCGCGUGGGCAGCAGGAACGGAGAAGAGACCAUGAAGAUGGGAACCGCCCGACGCAAGCCCACCGUCAGCUCUCAGUUCAGGGAAUCUCUCCAUUCCCUCAUGGCCACGCUAAGUGCCUCCAACCCUUUCUUUGUGCGCUGCAUCAAACCGAACAUGGCUAAGAAAGCCAACCAGUUUGAUCCAGACGUCGUUCUGAACCAGUUGAAAUACUCGGGAAUGCUGGAAACGGUGAAGAUCCGCAAGGCGGGAUUCCCUGUUCGCCGCUCCUUUCAGGAUUUCUACAACAGAUACAAGACGAUCCUGAAGAGCAAAAUCCAGACGGAAGACGAAAAGCAGAAUUGCGCAGAGCUUCUGGCAUGUCAUGACAACACGAAGAAAGAAUGGCAGCUUGGAAAGACAAAGGUGUUCCUGAAGGAGGCCCUGGAGCAAAGGCUGGAGAAGGAGAGGGAGGAGGUGCGGCACAAGGCUGGCAUGGUGAUCCGCGCCCACAUCCUCAGCUAUGUGGCAAGGAAGCAGUACAAGAGGGCCCUGGCCAGCGCCGUCACCAUUCAGAAGAACUACCGCGCUCACUUCUGGAGGCGCAGCUUCCUGCGCUUGCGCUCGGCCUCCGUCGUCCUGCAGAAGCACCACCGCGGCCAGCUGGCCCGAUCCCUCUGUCGGCAGCUCAGGGAGGAGGAGGAGGAGAAUCGCAGACGCCGGGAGGAGGAGGAGGAGAGGAGGCGCUUAGAGGAGGAAGCGGAGAGGAAGAUGGAGGAGGAGAGGAGAAAGGAGGAGGAGAGGCGGAGGCUGCUGGACGAGGAGCUGGAGAGGAAAGCCGAGGAGGAGCUCAUGAAGGUGGAAGAGGAGGAGCAGAAAAAGGCUGCAAACGGGGAGGUCAAAAGGAACUCGCUGCUGCUGAAUGGUGCUUGCCAGAAGAAGGCGCUGUCUCAGACCGUGUCGUACGGCCACACCGCCGAUGAAGAGAGCCGUCAGAUGGAGGAGAUUCUGCGGCUGGAGAGAGAAAUCGAACGCCUGCAGAGGCAGCAGGAGGACGGCGUGUCUCUUUUGGGCGAGAUCUCCCGCGAGGACCUGCGCCAGAUGCGAGAGGCUGAGAUCUAUCGACUGGAAAAGGAGGCCUCCCGUGUGGCGACCGAGUUCCUGGAACUUUUGGACUUUGGUGCUUUGGAGCCGUCGCUAUCCAGCGAGGAGAACCUCCACGACCCGACCGAAUCCACCGCCCCUCUGGCUGAGGAGGAGGUAGACGAGGGUUUCCACGCCGAGGACGAGUGCGUUCCUCUUCCUGACUUACCCGCGCCAGCUCCGGUUCCCCUGGACAAGGACGUAUUCCAAAGCCUGCCCCCUCCUCCGCUAGCAUUUUCAGAGGGACUCUUGGUCAGCCCUCCCAUGGCUUCUUCCAACAGACUCGAUCGUAUCCCGGACUCCCAAAUUCCCUGCUCUGCUCCUCCUGGGAUGACUAACGACAAGGCUUCGCCCUUGGAUCCCCAGAGCGAGGAGGCGUCCUGCUCCAACUUGCCCGACGCAGAGUCUGACUACGACCAGGAGGAGUUUGAGGAGGCUCACGGGAGCUCGGGCGCGAGCAUCAACGACGGCCACAUCACCGAUGAGGAGCUACUGCGCAAGUCGUCCUGCACCCACAACAGCCUGGAUUCCUACAAAGGCAGCUCGGACUCGUUCAUCGACAGCGACGAGGACAACGACGGCUACGUGGACACGGACGAGGAAGUUUCCAACGGCAGGCUGCAUCUCCUGAACGGCGCCGGGCCACCCUACUUCCACGGCUACCUCUACAUGAAGAGCGGCCUCAUGAUCCCGUGGCGCCGCCGCUGGUGCGUGCUCAAAGAUGAGACCUUCAUGUGGUUCCGCGCCAAGCAGGACUCGGUCAAGUCGGGCUGGCUUUACAAGAAAGGUGGCGGGAUGUCCACGUUGUCGCGGCGAAACUGGAAGAUGCGCUGGUUCGUCUUGCGCCAGAACAAGCUCAUGUACUUUGAAAACGACAGCGAGGAGAAGCUCAAAGGGACCAUUGACGUGCGCACGGCCAAGGAGAUUGUGGAUAAUCAUGAGAAGGAAAAUGCGCUCAACAUUGUCACUGAAGAGAGGACUUAUCACAUCUAUGCCGAGUCUCCAGAAGAUGCCAGCGGUUGGUUCAGCGUGCUGAGUCGGGUCCACAGCGCCAGUCCGGAGCAGCUCAUGGAGAUGCACCACGAACAGGCCAACCCAAAGAAUGCUGUGGGCACGCUGGAUGUGGGCUUGAUUGAUUCCGUUUGUGCGUCAGACAACCCUGACAGACCAAACUCAUUUGUGAUCAUCACGGCUAACCGGGUAAUCCACUGCAACACGGACACACCCGAGGAGAUGCACCACUGGAUCGGCCUGCUGCAGAAAUCCAAGGGCGACUCCAGAGGGGACGGACAAGAAUUUAUAGUCAGGGGCUGGCUGCAUAAAGAGAUGAAGUCGGGGGUGAAAAGCACGUCUCUAAAGCUGAAGAAGCGUUGGUUCGUCCUCACCACCAACUCCCUGGACUACUACAAGUCAUCCGAGCGCAGUGCUUCAAAAUUGGGAACGCUGGUCCUCAAUAGUCUGUGUUCUGUGGUCCAGCCGGAUGAAAAGGUCUUCAAGGACACUGGUUAUUGGAACAUCAUCAUCCACGGACGCAAACACUCUUACCGCCUGUACACCAAAAUGCUCAACGAAGCCAUGCGGUGGGCAAACGCCAUACAGGGAGCCAUUGACAGCAAAGUUCCCAUCGAAACGCCCACGCAGCAACUCAUUCGGGACAUCAAGGAGAGCAGCUUGAAUGUGGAGGCGGUGGAGCAGACGUACUGGAGGAACCCCAUCCUGAGAUACACUCAGCAUCCGUUGCACUCCCCGCUCCUACCUUUGCCUUACGGAGAUGUCAGCAACCACCUGCAAAAGGAGAAGGGUUACACCAGCCUGCAAGACGAAGCCGUGAAGAUCUUCAACUCCCUGCAAGAGAUGGAGGCGGUUUCGGACCCCGUGCCCAUCGUGCAGGGGAUCCUGCAGACGUGCCAGGACCUGAGGCCGCUCAGAGACGAGGUCUACUGUCAGUUGAUCAAACAGAGCAAUCACGUCCCGCACCCCAACAGCGCCUCCAACCGAGCCCACUGGCAUCUCCUCACCUGCAUGAGCUGCACCUUCCUGCCCAGCCGCGGCAUCCUGCGCUACCUCAAGUUUCACCUCAAACGCAUAAAGGAGCUGUUCCCGGGGACCGAGAUUGAAAUGUUUGCGCAUUUCAUCAGCGAGUCUCUGAAGAAGACCAAGACCAGAGAGUUUGUUCCCUCCCAAGAGGAAAUCAUCGCACUGCUCACUCGCCAGGAAAUGACCACCACGGUCUACUGUCACGGGGGAGGCUCCUGCAAGAUCUCCAUUAACUCGCACACCACAGCCGGAGAGGUGGUGGAGAAGCUGAUCAGAGGUUUGGCCAUGGAGGACAGCAGGAACAUGUUUGCUCUCUUUGAGCACAACAACACGAUUGACAGAGCUGUGGAAAGCAGGGUCCUGGUGGCGGACGUGCUGGCUAAAUUUGAAAGACUUGCUGGCAGUGAAGAAGCUGAGAACGACGGCCUGUGGAAGCUCUACUUCAAACUCUACUGCUUCCUGGAUGUGGAGAGCAUGCCAAAGGAGGGAGUGGAGUUUGCCUUCAUGUUUGAGCAGGCCCACGAGAGCUUAACCAGAGGACACUUCCCAGCCCGCGAGGAGACUUUGCAGCACCUGGCAGCUUUGCGCUUGCAGUUCCUCCACGGCGACAAAACCCGGGCGGCGUGGAACCUGGAAAGCGUCUACCCCGUGGGCCGCCUGCGCGCUCGCAUCUUGCAGUACACCAAGGUGAGCGCGGCCUCAGGGUCCGGUCAGACUCUGGAGCGGCGCAGGACCAGCUUCCUGGACGGGACCCUGCGGCGAGGCUUGAAGACGGGCUCCCUGAAGAAGCAACGCAUGGAGGAGGAGCAGAUGCUGGAGAUGUGGAUCAAGGAGGAGACGUCGGCCACCAGGGCGAGCAUCGUGGAGAAGUGGUGCCGUCUGCAAGGUCUUCUCCAGCACCAAGCCAUGCUCAAGUACAUGACCAUCAUCAAGGAGUGGACCGGAUAUGGAUCCACGCUCUUUGACGUGGAGUGCAAAGAGGGAGGCUUCCCGCACGAUCUUUGGUUGAGCGUGAGUGCUGAAAACGUGUCGGUGUACAAGCGAGGAGAGCCCAAGCCCCUGGAGACCUUCCCUUACGAGCACAUCAUAUUCUUCGGCGCUCCGCAACCCUGCACGUACAAGAUCACCGUGGAUGAGAGGGAAAUGUUCUUUGAGACGCCGCAGGUGGGUGAGAUCACAAAGAUCAUGAAAGCCUACAUCAACAUGAUCGUGAAGAAACGAUGCAGCGUGAAGUCCGUGUCCAGCUACGGGAGCAACUGGAUCAGAUGAUCGACGGGUGAAGGAGAAAGUUCAGAACUCUGCUGCAACUUGUUUGAGCAACCACGAGAGGAACAAUUCAGCGCAAAAACAGAGAUGGUGACAAGGACUCAUCCAGUGAUGCGUUUCUAUGCGGGGGGGUUAAUUGCGCCAUUUGAAGCUUUGAAUGUUGCUUGGAAUCUGUACACUGGUCCCGUUUCCCAUGAUUUCAAUUUUAGUUUAGCUUUUUAUAAGCAAGGUCACGUUGACUUUGCUUGUUUCACCAAACCGUAUUUCAUAAAUGUAGUACUGUACUUCCUCAAAUAGUGACCCCGAUUGUCAUAGAGAAAAAAAUAGAGCCAGACUUUUUUUUUUCCUUUUUAGGCUGAUGCCAAUAUUUGGCAGAAUAAAAUUAUGAGAACCGAUUCAUCGGAUUAUUAAUUAAAAAAAAUACAUAAAGGACAAAAUAACACCUUUUUCGGUGCCUCAAUGCUUACAAUAACGAUAUGAAUUUUUUUUUUUUUUUAGAAGGAAGGAGUGUUAAAUAUCAUUAUGUUGGUCUUAAAAUAAGAAACAUAAUUAGAUGUCUUUAUUUUUUUUUCCCCAACUGUCAGCCAUAAUUUCGGCCCCUGUAUUCAUUUGCCUGACUCUUUCAGACAAAACUCACCCCUGUCCGAAGUGACGUCAAACGGCCUUCGCGGCUUUGCACAUUUAGAUCAUUACAUUGUGCGGUUGGUGUCAUCAGUGCCAGAGGCAAUUGCGUACCAAAAAAAAAAGUGGCAUGGGCUGUGAGUGUCGCGGUGUUAAACUGCAGGGAGGAACCAAGCCCUGCUGCGAAUAGCAAAAUCCCACAAGUACAGUAAUAGACACCUUCCUGCAAAAAAAAAAAGCUCUACUUGCCACAAGAUGGCGCCACAGCAAUAAUUUCUAUACUCACUCGCCUCCAGCAAUCAACCCAAUUUGCAGUUGAGUCAACAUCUUAUGGCCACUAUUUGAGGAAAUAUUGUAUGCCAAAUUGUUUCUUUAAUUUUUUUCCGAGUGGACAUUUUCCCCCUUUAAUGAAUGUUCUCCCUGAACGGAGAUUCCCUCAGGUGCAUGUGCGUAUGUAACUGGGACAGCUUGCCUUACUGAGUGACUUGUUAUGGCGCAGCCAUGGCCUUUAAACUUCGUCCCCGAGUAUGAAAGAAGCAAGUGCACCAAAGCGAUGAUUGAGAUAGCCACUGCACUUUUGCCAUGAUACUAAUAGCAGAAUUAGCCUCCAGCGGUAGCUUCAGAGUGUAUGUGCGUGUACACUCAAGUGUUUUUACUGUGUGUGUUUUUAGUCAAGGCUGGGGUAUUUAUUUAUUUGCAGUACGGAUGGACUUGAGAAUAAUCUUAGCUGCAGUUUUGCCAGUAUGAUCGAAAUCGGGCGUGCACAGCACUCACAGGAAAUGCGUACAUAAGCUGUUCAUGCGCUCAAUUGCGUGCCUUUGUCUUUUUCAGCAAUUGGCGGAUAUUAAAACUUGCUGACGUGUGUUGCCCUCCAUAUACGCCGGUAUUCUCAUAUCUUACAUGCCAUUCAUAAUAAUAAUAAUAAUAAAAAUGAUAAUAAUCCAAACAUAUAGAUUGAGUUUAGUAUCCACCACAUCCUUCUUAGUCCUCCUUUGCUGUAUUGGCGUCGAACUGGUCAGCUGCCGGCGGCCUCACCAGACUUUUGAUUGACGUUGCCAUUGACGAUGACUGUAUCCUCACCUUUCCGAUUGUUUUCCAGUAGAAACAAACUAA